AUGGAGCAUCACUCAGCCCUAAGGCAUAUAGCCUUCCUCCUCCUCCUCCCUCUCCUGGCCAGCAUACAUUACGGUCAGGCCAACCCUGGUCCUCGCUUGAUCCAUUCCAUCUUCAGCUUCGGCGACUCAUAUGCCGACACCGGCAACUUUGUCAAGCUCGCUGCACCUGUGUUUCCGGUCAUCCCUUUCAGCAACCUCCCCUACGGGGAGACCUUCUUCGGUCGCCCCACCGGCCGAGCCUCCAAUGGCCGCAUCAUCAUGGACUUUAUUGCCGAGGAGUUCGGGCUCCCUUUCAUCCCCCCAAUUCUCGGUGAAGAAAAUAACUUCACUCAUGGAUCAAAUUUCGCUGUCGUCGGUGCUACCGCACUCGACCUAGCCUACUUCCAUGAGAAGAACAUCACUAGUGUGCCCCCUUUCAACAGCUCCUUGAGCGUGCAGCUCGACUGGUUCCAGAGCCUCAAGCCCACCUUGUGCUCAACACCACAAGGUUGCAGAGACUAUUUCAGGGGAUCCCUCUUCUUUAUGGGAGAGUUCGGAGGGAACGACUACACCUUCAUCAUGGCCUCCGGCAAAACCUUUGGCUUGCAACUAGUUAAGGAGGGAGGCAGGUACGUGGUGGUGCCUGGGCAACCGCCAAUGGGGUGCAUUCCCAUCGUCCUGACCUUGUACGCCAGCCCUAACAAGACGCACUACGACCGCCGGGGGUGCCUGAUAAAAUACAAUGCUCUAGCACGGUACCACAACAGACUGCUGGUGGCGGCCGUGUAUCGGCUCCGGAUCAAGUACCCCGCAGCCAAGAUCGUCUAUGGUGACUACUACACGCCAGUGAUAGAGCUUCUCAACGAACCAACAAGAUACGGGUUUAGUGCUUCGUCGGGGCUCCACGUAUGCUGUGGUGCCGGUGGGCCGUAUAACUACAACAUGACUGCGGCUUGCGGAUUACCUGGCGUGAGCGCAUGCACUAACCCUGCCACGCACAUCAACUGGGACGGCAUCCACCUCACGGAGUCUGCAUAUAGGCUCAUCGCCACCGGUUGGCUCUUGGGGCCCUUACGCACACUCACACUCGCGCCUAUUCUCAAUGCUAUGUCAGGAUCUCUAGAUCUCAAGACAUCUUCAAUCUUAUAA